GCGCCGGAAGCCGUGCAGCUGCUGUCAGAGAAGAAGAAGAAGAAGAAGAAGAGUCGCUGCUGCUGCUGAAGAUGAUGAAGAGUAAACCCGACGAGGAAGACUAUUGGAACAGCUCCAAGUUUAAAGCAUUCACUUUCGAUGACGAAGAUGACGAGUUUAGCAGGUUAAAAGAGUCGAAGCAGGCGGUGAACAGCAUCCGCCGCCUGGUGGAGGAAGACGAUGAUGAAGAUGACGUGGAGAGAGUCAGCUGGAGCGGAGAGCCCGUCGGCAGUAUUUCCUGGUCGGUCAGAGAGACGGCAGCGUCCAAUCAGAGGACGGACAGAGAGUCCACCUUCCCCAAAAUCAACACCGACACCCAGACCAUCAGCAAGAGCCACUCAGGAUACUCCCUGAGCUCUCUGUUCAAAGGAAAAACCAGAGGAGGAAACUUCCAGAGCUUCAGUGACUCGCUCACUGAUUCGUCUGCCAGGCUCUACGCCCCGGAGCUCCGGAAACCCAAGUCUGAAUACAAGGACUACGUCAGUGAUUGGUCGCCUGAGGAGACGGUUCACAGAAUGAAGCAGGGAAAGGUUGUGUCUCUGGAGAAGUUUCGGUCUCUGCAGGACAAACUGCUGCUGCUCGAUUUCUCCGUCAGUGCUCACGAUGGAAACGUCAUCACUGCUGUGUUGAUUUAUUUGAAGAGAACUCUGGGUAAAGAGGUUUUAUUUCGGGAGCUGGAGUCCAGGGAGACGGCUCUGAGACAUUUCGUCCACUACCUGACGGAGAGCAGAGACCAGAGGCUGCUGCUGGAGCUGCUCAGGUGCUGCUCACCUGUCACACCUGGACUCGCUUCCAUUCAUCUGCUGCAGUACAAAGAACACCUGAGCAUCGCAGAUGAAAACAAGAGGCGGGACUUCCUGAAGAGCUGCCUCAGUCUUCCAUUUUCUCCAGAGGACUCAGCACAUGUUCAGGACCACUACACUCUGCUGGAGCGACAGAUCAUCAUCGAGGCAACAGACCGGCAGGCUGAGCGAGGAGGGAAGGUGGAAGUCUUCCAGAAGUUUCCCAGAAGAGCCUCGAUCCUCAACAUGCCGCUGAUCACGACACUGUACUACUGCUGCUUCUACCACUACGCCGAGUCUGAGGGAACCUACAGCAGCCCACAGAACAUCCGUCACACCUUCAAGAUUGCAGAGAAGCAGUACUUCGUGACAGCGUUGGCAGCGAGGGCGAAGCUGAAGGCGUGGGCGGACGUAGACACUCUGUUCACCAGCAGGAACUGGCUGGGCUUCACCAGGAAGAAGUCACCUCUCAGCUUCCAUCGAGUCGUGGACAUCCUGCAGAAAAACUCCGCCCCUGUGCAGGUGCUGCAGGAGUACGUGGGGCUGGUCGAUGACGCGGACCUGAAGAUCAGUCUGGCUCAGAAACAUAAAUGUCACGACAUCGUCAUCAAUAUGUACCGGGACCUGAAGGACCGGCAGCUGUUGCUAGGAUAUCGGGGGAAGGUGGAGAGAGGAUCGGUGGAGGAGAGGAAGAUCAACGAGCUGCUCGACAACCCGCAAAUCCGGUGGAAGAACUGACGAUUCCGCCGGAGCUUCAGUCAAAGACUU